AUGGCCGAGCUGAAUUUCGCGCUCGAAAAGGGAAAGGGUAAGUCUGCAGGCCCGGACUCCACCGGGUACCCUAUGUUUAAAAACCUCCCCCCGAGUGGAAAAUCAGCCUUCCUGGAGGCGAUAAAUAAGGAAUGGUCGGACGGUACGCUUCCCUCCGAGUGGAAAUCCAGCUUCGUCGUUCCCAUCCCGAAGAGUCAAGGUCCAGCAAACGAGGCAGGAAGUUACCGCCCGAUCGCGCUCACCAAUGUCGGGUCGAAGAUAAUGGAGCGAAUGGUCAACCGGCGAUUGACCCAGUACCUGGAGGCUACCGGCAGGCUGGACGAUCGGCAACACGCGUUCCGGUCCGGACGUGGCACGGGAACACAUCUCGCAUCCCUGAGCCAGAUAUUGGAGGACGCCAGGAUACAAGGUAUGCAUACUGAGAUUGCUUCGCUGGACAUAUCUUCAGCAUACAGUCGGGCUUGGACCCCAGGAGUUCUAAAAAAGCUGGCCCUCUGGGGUGUCACCGGUAACCUCCUACACUUUAUCAAAAACUUCUUGCUGGACCGCUCUUUCCGAGUUUUACUCGGAAACCAGCCAUCAAAGACCGUGAAAGAGGAAACCGGUGUACCCCAGGGAUCAGUGAUAGCUGUCACAUUAUUCCUGGUGGCGAUGGAGGGCGUCUUUGCCGACCUCCCUAAGGAGAUCUUCAUACUGGUCUACGCCGACGACAUUUUGUUGCUCGCCGUCGGAAAGCACAUCAGGACAAUCAAGAGAAAGCUUCAAGCGGCCGUGAACCGCGUCUCCAAGUGGUGCCAGGCUGCCGGCUUCACCAUGUCGGCCACCAAGUGCGUCCGCACCCACAUCUGCCAAUCCGGCCACCGACUUCAGCCCAUCAAGUUGAACGACUCCCCCAUCCCGACCAAAAACGCCGUCAGAAUCCUGGGUGUUACCGUGGACCGCCGCCUCACCUUCGGCGAACAUUGCAAGAAGACCCGAGAGGCUUGUAAGGUACGUAUCAACAUGCUGAAAACGAUCUCCAGGCGACGAACACGAAGCGACCGAGCGUUGCGACUCCAGGUGGCCGAUGCCGUUAUCACUAGCCGCCUAACGUACGGGCUAGAAGCCACCUCGAUGAACGCCGACGAGAUCACGCGAUCCCUGGCCCCGAUCUACAAUCGCGCGGUCAGAAUCGUCUCGGGUCAUCUCCCUUCCACACCAGCGGAUGUCGCAUGCGCCGAAGCGGGAGUGCUCCCCUUCCGAUUCAGAGUGGCUGCCGCGCUAAGCUCCAAAACAGUCGGCUAUCUUGAAAAAACGAAGGAUUCCAACAGCACCUGCCACCUCCUCGGCAGAGCCGACGAACUCUUCCACCGUACAACCCAACAAGCUCUUCCCAAAGUCGCCGGACUUCACCGCCUCGGUCCAAGGGACUGGGCCUCCAAGUCUCCAAAAGUCGACCUUUUCCUAAAGUCCCAGCUACGCAGAGCCCCCAAUCGGCAGUUGGCACAAAACCUCUUCACUGAGCGGAUCAACACCAGGUACCGAACACACACCAUCAGGUACACCGACGGAUCCAUGGCCGCCGGAAGAGUAGGAAUCGGAGUUGACUCCAGCGACGGACAGUCCCAAUCCCACAGGCUGCCUAACAUGUGCUCGGUCUUCUCGGCGGAGGCCGCAGCCAUCUUUCAGGCAAUCUCCCAACCGAACAGCGGACCCACACUAAUUGUGUCUGACUCGGCAAGCGCACUCUCUGCCUUGCCCUCCGCAUCCAACCGCCACCCGUUCAUCCAAGCGAUCCAGGAAUACAUCGACGACAACACCACCCUGAUGUGGGUCCCCGGCCACGCAGGAAUAGCUGGCAACGAAAGUGCCGACAUUCUGGCUAACAUCGGCCGAGCAAGCCCCUAUAUCACCCGCAGCGUCCCUGCCGACGAUGUGAAGCGAUGGCUGAAGCAGCAAAUCAGCACGGCUUGGGCCAACGAAUGGCGGAAACAAAGAAACCUCUGCAGGAUGGUAAAAAACUCCACCCUUCCCGGAACCGACCUGCCCAAUCGCCGUGAGCAGAUGGUGCUGUCUCGCAUGCGUACGGGGCACACCAAUCUGACGCACAACCUGGGCCCAGGAGAGUUCCACCAUAAAUGCAUCAUCUGUCACUGCAGGAACACCAUUUGCCACCUCCUAAACAACUGCCCACAAUACGACGAGGCAAGAAGGGCGAAUAACAUCAACAACGCAGUCGACGCCCUAAAAAAUGACCCGAUCAGCGAGCGGCUGCUCAUCAAUUUUUUGAAGGACAGCAAGCUUUUUUACCGAAUCUAA